AUGACUCAAGAGAGAAAGCAAAUCUCCUUUAAAUUAAUUGUAAUUGGAGAUUCUGGGGUUGGUAAAACCUCAUUGGUUAUUAGACAAUCUCGUAAUCAGUUCAGUUUUCAAAUGGCUCCGACUAUCGGCACUUCUCAUAUCAGAGUAAAUAUUCCAAUUGAGGAUUAUGAUGUAGAGCUUAAAAUAUGGGAUACAGCCGGACAAGAACAAUUUGCUCCAUUGGUUUCAAUGUAUGCUCGUGGAGCUACUGUUUGCAUCAUAGUUGCCUCAAGUAUUGAUACUGCAUCAGUUAAAAAUAUAGCAACUUGGAAAGAAAGGCUAAAAGAAGCGAAUGAAGAUCCAGCUAUUGUAAUUGCCUUGAAUAAAGCGGAUAUGGUCGAACUUGGAAAUCCAACCCUUGAUCAAAUCAGAGAAGAAUUACAUGAGAAAUACGAAAACAUUUUUUCAGUUUCUGCAAAAACUGGCGAGGGUGUCAAUGAUUUAUUUACAUGCGCUGCUAAAUUAGCUUUAGAAAACAACAAAGAGAGGUUUGAAGAACCAAAAGUUUCUUUAGACAAGAAUGAUAAUCAAUCAUCCAGAAAAUGCUGUUAA